GGCGUGACAAACGAUCGGUCAUAUGAGCGUCAGUAGCGCUCGAGCAGUCCUGCCCAGUAGCGCCAAGUCACCGGGAAACCUUGGCGCUCGUGAGGAUUUUGCAACGGGAUGGAGCGGUAUGGCGACGCCGACGUACAUUAUAAACAUCAAGGUGCUGAAUUAGGCUAUGGUUUGCCCUGAUACAUAACGGUAACAGCAGUGCUUCCCAGACCACCCCCCCAGCCAGCUACUCCACCAACCCUUCAGCCCAGGCCCAGUCAUGACAGCCAAGUCGUCCAUGCUCAAGGUGAUCCUCCUUGGGGACGGAGGCGUGGGCAAGUCCUCCCUCAUGAACCGCUACGUCACCAACAAGUUUGACACCCAUCUCUUCCACACCAUUGGCGUGGAGUUCCUAAACAAGGAGCUGGAGGUGGACGGGCGCACCGUGACGCUCCAAAUCUGGGACACGGCGGGCCAGGAGCGCUUCCGCUCACUCCGGACACCUUUCUACCGUGGCUCCGACUGUUGUCUCCUGACCUUCAGCGUGGAUGACAACCAGAGCUUCCACAAUCUCAAUAACUGGAAGAAGGAGUUUGCCUACUACGCUGAUGUCAAGGAACCUGAGAAGUUCCCAUUCGUGAUCCUGGGUAAUAAGUUGGAUGUGCCAGAGAGGCAGGUUUCGGGCGAGGACGCCCGCCAGUGGUGCCGCGACAACGGCGGCCACCCGUACUUUGAGACGAGUGCCAAGGACUCGACCAACGUGGCGGCCGCGUUUGAGGAGGCGGUGAGGAGGGUGCUGGCGCAGGAGGAACGGGGGGAGCACCUCAUCCCGACGGACACAGUGGACCUGCACAGGAAGCCGCGCUCUGGCGCCUCCUGCUGUUGAGAAGAUGUAGGGUUGAUGACCUUUAUUUGACUCUUAAAGGCCCAAUGCAGCUGUUUAUCUCAAUUUGAAAUGGGCAAAAAUAGCUUUUUAGCAAAAAAACUAUUUCUCAAGCAAGAAUUUUGCUAAGACUGGGAAAACUAGCUGUUUUUUGGAAGAGGUUUGGAACAGUUUUUGUUAUUGGUAUAUUAACCAGUCUACCGAACAGUGAUGUCACCAUUGAAAGCUGAAACUCCCGUCCAUGAAAACCUGCUGAUUAUAAUGUCCUGUGUAGAUUGUAUUUUCAAUCACCAACUAUCAGGAAAUAAACUGAUCACAUUUUUUUCAUAAUUUUACAGUGUUUGUUUCAUCAGCUGUUUAUAUACAAUAUGGUAUGAAACACAGGAAAAUUAGAAUUUUGACUGCACUGGGCCUUCAAAGAGACAGUAGGGGCAUAUUUGAACUUCUGCUGCCCAACUCUGGCCGUAACUUGUGAGUUCUGAUGAUACCAACGGCCACUUGGUUCAAGUUCUCCUUUUUAACUGUGGUUAAUGCUUUCGUUCUGCUCUGUGCUCCUCCCUUGGUUUACCUGACUGCAUGUGCACGCAGACACACAGCCUGUUCAUGGCAUUAUACACACCCAACCCACUUAGGCUAUAUAAGUUUUAUCAUACACAGGAGUGCUCAUAGUUGGGCCUGCUAUUUGACAUUCCUUUGCGCUGGCGAGUGUUUUAUCAGUGACUACUACGAUCAAGAGAUUACUUUGUUCUGCGCUUGUCCUCCAGCAAUCAAGUAAUGACUAAAUAUUUACAUUUUUACUCAUAGCAGACACCCUUAUCCAGAGCAACUUACAGUAGUGAGUGCUUAUAUCUUAUGUACUUUUUCAUAGUGGUCCCCCGUGGGAAUCAAAUUCACAACACUGCCGUUGCAAGCACCCUGCUCUAUCAAUUGAGCCACAUGGGAAAUACUACAUUGUCAUCCCAUCUAUUAAAUGGGCUGAAUAUGCCAAAUGUAUAUUAAUAUUGUUGAUUGUAUAAAAUAAUCGUAUUUUGUAUUAACGUUAGUGGUGGUAGUCAGUACACAGACUGACUGAACUACAGUAUGUGUUGGGGGGGGAACCAGAGGGUUCUGUCCAGUCUACAUCAUUGUACAAAUGGAAAGAAUUUCAGUCAAACCCAUUUCUCUGAUUAUUCUCACUUGAUGGGCUGAUUUUAGAUUUUAAACCCACUCAACCCAGCCAUGCAAAUUUUGGCUGUGUGAAUUUGAAGCCUUUCAUUGGCUGGAUUGCGUGCUCUAUAGAGACCAACGAUGAAUGGACUCCCAUCAACAUCCAUAAGUAUGUCCAGCAUUCAUAAAGACCAAAACAGCUUUAACAUAUUUAAUCUCAUCCAAUUUCCAGAUAAACUGUCAAAAGCCUUUUUAUAGCCAUGUUAAUGUGUGUUCGUUAGGAAUGUCAGGGCACUGAAGCAUGUAGAUUGGUCUUUUAGUUACAAAAACAUUAGCUUUAAUUUAUUUAAAUGUAUUUACAGUCACUCACUAUGCGAACUAGUGCACCUGAUGCCUCAGGACGUAAGUGCAUUAGCUAGCCUAACUGUUUUCGGAGAGUUUGGAAAUGAGGCUUUUUAAUGUUAUGUUGCCUGGACCUGGACUAACCAUUUAGGAAUUGAGCAGCAAAUCCCGGGCCAUUGCGCCACAAUUUAUUAUAGUAGGCUAUAGGCUGACUUGUGCUAUCAUGAGUUCUGUGUACUAUAGCCCCAAGGAAACCAGUUGUAAAUGCAUACCAGUUGUUUCUAUGUUUUGCUGUAAAACAAGACCAACCAUGACACACAAACUGUAGGCCUAUUGUACUUUUGUUUUUAUGUAAAAAAAAUAUUGUUGGUUAUUUGUCAAAAGACCCCCAAUAACAGUGAUGUUACCAGUAUUCAAAAGCGAACCAGUAAUUUCUACAGCAGGGUUCCCCAAUUUUUGGAGACACCUACUCAUUCAAGGGUUUCUCUUUAUUUUCUACAUUGUAGAAUAAUAGUGAAGACAUCAAAACAAUGAAAUAACACGUAUGGAAUCAUGCAGUAACCAAAAAAGUGUUUAAUAAAUCAAAAUAUAUUUGAGGUUCUUCAAAGUAGGCACCCUUUGCCUCGAUGACAACUUUGGACACUUGGUAUUCUCUCAACCACCUUUCCAACAGUCUUGAAGGAGUUUCCACAUAUGCUGAGCACAUGUUGGCUGCUUUUCCUUCACUCUGUAGUCCAACUAGAUCAUCCGUUCACCUACUCUGUGUCUCACAAAGACACAGUGGUUGGAACCAAAAAUCUAAAAUUUGGACUCAUCAGACAUAUUUCCACCGGUCUAAUGUCCAUUGCUCAUGUUUCUUGGCCCAUGCAAGUCUCUUCUGAUUGUCCUUUAGUAGUGGUUUCUUUACAGCAAUUUGACCAUGAAGGCCUGAUUCACACCAUCUCUGAACAGUUGAUGUUGAGAUGUGUCUGUUAUUUGAACUUUGAAGCAUUUAUUUGGGCUGCAAUUUCUGAGGCUGGUAACUCUAAUGAACUUAUCCUCUGCAGCAGAGGUAACUCUGGGUCUUCCUUUCCCAUGGCAGUCCUCAUGAGAGCCAGUGCUUGAUGGUUUUUGCGACUGCACUUGAAGAAACUUUCAAAGUUCUUGAAAUUUUACAGAUUGACUGACCUUCAUGUCUUAAAGUAAUGAUGGACUGUUGUUUCUCUUUGCUUAUUUGAUCUGUUCAUUCCACAAUAUGGACUGGGUCUUUUACUAAAUAGGGUUAUCUUCUGUAUACCAUCCCUACCUUGUCAAAACACAACUGACUGGCUCAAAUGUAUUAACGAAAGAAAUUCCACGAAUUAACUUUUCACAUGUCUUAAUUCUUAAUUGAAUUGCAUUCCGUGUGACUACCUCAUGAAGCUGGUUGAGAGAAUGCCAAGAGUGUGCAAAGCUGUCAGAGGCAAAGGGUGGCUACUUUGAACAAUCUAAAAUAUAUUUGGAUUUGUUUAACACUUUUGUUUACAUGAUUCCAUGUGAUAUUUUAUAGUUUGGUGUCUUCACUAUUAUUCUAGGAUGUAGAAAAUAGUAAAAAUAAUGAAAAAACCUUGAACGAGUAGGUGUCUCCAAACGUUUGACCGAUACUGUGUAUAAUAUAUGUAUAGUUAUUGUUUUAUUGCUGCAUGUAAGACUGUAAAAACACUGGCAAAUCAGCUCCAAGUGAUUUUUAUUUUGUAAGUCUUCCAAAGUAUUCCCACGCAUUAUAGAAAGAUGCAUGUAAUCGUAUACAAAUGUAAGCAAGGUUUGAAAUGUAUGUUUUUGUCAAAUAUUCGAUCUUUGGACUUUGUGGUCAAUUUGCAGUCUAAAAAUAAUUUAUUUUCUGGCCCCCUGACCAUCCGCUCAUGAACAAAAAUUGUCCUGUUCCAGUGUCUUGCAUUAAAACAUGAAACACUAUCAAUACGGUCUUAAAAUGUAUGUUUGUGUGUGUUGAAAUAAAAAGUUGGCCAUUUUUUAACCUA